GUCUUUAAUACUGCUGAACGAUUUAGAUAGUGCAGCAAAAGCUAAAAAAUGUGGUUUCCACUUGUUUUGCUACUGAUUGCUUGCAAAUUGUCGAUUAUGUCAGCGGCAAUAGUGGAACAAAAUUUCGGCAAAGCGAACAUCACUGAGAAUUCAUCCGACGGUUUCUUUUGUGAAACUGUUCGUUUUCCAACUCCAUUUCAAAAUGGAAGAACGAUCAGAGCUUUUUCCUCGUUGAGUCAUGAAGAUCACCCGGGAAAUGAAAACGAGGCUUUGGUUGCUGUAAUCAACUCAGUUGAUCGAAAUUCCUUCUCAGUUUGUCUCAUGGAACCAGCUCGACCAACCGGGGAAAUGACUCUCAAUUGGUUUGCAUUCAGUGAUGGUUUUCUACCACGGGGAACCCUGACUGGAACUGUUUCCUACGGUGCUUUCACCAGUGGCAGUGUUUGCACCGACGUAUUUUUUUCUCGAGUUUUCAACGUCCCACCCAAAAUUCUUCUGAGUGUACGUCAUGUUGGUAAUACUGAAAGAAAAGACAUGAUGACCUCGUGGGCAGAAGACGUCACUGAAACACAGCUUCGGGUUUGCUUGAGAGAAGUGAUUUCAUUCUCCGGAACCCAUGAGAAUCUACAUAUCGAUUGGGUAGCAAUGGAAAAUACAUUCAGUCGGAACAUGGAAGAUCUUGAUUCACAUUUAUCAAAGAUUAUUGAAAGUUUCGACUUUAUUUUGUCAUCAUGA